CGUCUUCACUCUCUCUCUCUCUAAAUUACAGCUAAUCUCUCUCUCUCUAGAAAACCUUUCAUAUUUUCGCCGGCAAGUCUAAUUGGUCGAUUAAGUCAAAUAAAAAAAGAAAAGAAUAAAAUAUUUCAUAAAAUACAUUGCCCCUCUUUUUCAUAUAUCCUCUGUUUUUCCUUCUGUCUCUUUCUUCUAUCUUUCUUCUUCCCAUCCAUGUAAUAAUGUAUGUAUCUAUCGGACCUGAAAUUUAGGGCGUAGCUUUUGAAUACCACAGAGGAAAUUCCAUAGGAUUUGUGGAUACUGACAUUCGAAUCGAAAUGUGGUCCUCUGAUUCAUUUGAUGCGCUUUUAUUCGCCGCCAGCAGAGCUUGCUGUAGUUCUAUGGCGUAUUUCAUUCAGAUACAGGGCUUUUGCAUUUGCUUACUCCUCGCCCUUGGCUGGGCUUUGGCUUCCUAUGUCAGGAAUAAAGAGAUAAGACGGAUGAAGGAAAGCGUGAAGAGGGGCCAUCACUUUGCUUUUCUUUGUCAUGAUAUCAAUGAGCUCGAGCAUUCUAAUCAGGUCAAUUUGCCAAGGGUUUCAGUGGUAAUGCCUUUGAAGGGUUUCGGGGAACACAAUCUUCACAACUGGCGAAGUCAGAUUACAUCUUUAUAUGGUGGUCCCCUGGAAUUUAUUUUUGUGGUUGAAAGUACAGAAGACCCUGCAUAUCAUGCGGUCUCCAGAUUGCUAAAAGAAUAUAAGGAUGAUGUUGAAGCCAUAGUUGUAGUCGCUGGUUUGUCAACAACCUGUAGUCAGAAGAUUCACAAUCAGUUGGUGGGGGUAAAUAAAAUGCAGAAAGAUACUAAGUAUGUGUUAUUUCUAGAUGAUGAUGUUAGUCUGCAUCCUGGCUCAAUUGGAGCUCUCACCACUGAAAUGGAAAAGAACCCAGAUAUAUUUAUUCAAACUGGAUAUCCUCUUGAUUUACCCUCUGGAAGUUUAGGAAGUUACUGCAUAUACGAAUAUCACAUGCCUUGUUCUAUGGGGUUUGCCACCGGUGGAAAGACAUUCUUUUUGUGGGGAGGAUGCAUGAUGAUGCAUGCAGAUGAUUUUAGAACAGAUCGUCACGGUCUCGUUUCAGGACUUCGAGAUGGAGGCUAUUCAGAUGACAUGACUCUUGCAGCUAUUGCGAAGGCCAACGAGAGACUCAUAACAUCACCUCCAGUUGCCGUUUUCCCCCAUCCACUUGCAAGUGAUCUUAGCUUUGGCAGGUACUGGAAUUAUUUGAGGAAGCAAACAUUUGUCUUGGAGUCUUAUACGACAAAAUUCAACUGGCUUAUGAAUAGGGCAUUAUUCUCUUUCCACUGUUACGCGUCAUGGGGAUUUGUGGCUCCGUAUAUAAUGGCUGGGGUACAUGUCGCUGCAGCACUGAGACUUUACUUUAAGGGGUACUCAUUUGGUGAAGCAACUUUGCCAUGUACUGGGUUGCGGUUUGUUGGUGGCCUUGCGACAUGUACAGUUAUCGAACUUCUUUCCAUGUGGAACUUGACGAGAAUAGAAGUCCAGCUUUGCAAUUUGUUGUCCCCAGAGGCUCCUCCGUUAUCACUUGCAUCAUAUAACUGGUGUCUCGUAUUCAUUGCUAUGGUGGUUGACAAUUUUCUAUAUCCUGUAUCUGCAAUACGAUCACAUUUGUCUCAAUCCAUCAAUUGGUCAGGCAUCCGAUAUCAUUUAAAGGAUGGGAAGGUGCACAAGAUCGAACGAAGCAAGGAUAAGGGACCUAAGUUCACGGAUUUAGGAGGAAAGCAUUUGUAUGGGAAGAAAGGAGGUUCAAACAAUUAUUCUUUCCUUCUAUCUUUGUCAAGAAGUUUUGCACAAUGGUGGCAACCCAAGAAAUACGAUGUAUAGACCCGAUUGUGAUUCUUGUCUCCUGGUUUUCGAAUGAAAAAAAUUACAAGAAACCCAGGAGCAGAAUUAUGGGAAUUGUCGAAUUCCCUGGAUUUGUUAUUGGUAAGGAGACCAUCAUGAAUAUAUUCUUCUAGUGUGUAGGGGCUUUUGGUUGAUUUUUUUUAGAUUAGUUGAAUUAAUUGAUUCUUCAGGUUUGGGUUUUUUUUAUUUGAGCUGAUUCUUGUAAUUGUAUUCAGGUUGUGUAAUCUUAUGAGAUUAUUUAUUGAUUUUAACACUGAAUAGUGUAAGACAAGAUUUACGAUUUGUAUUUUUUUAUUGGGAACGAAAUUGUGAUUUGUGAUGCA